UGGUCGAAGUGCUCCGUCAUCACUGCGCCGGGAGGUCAGUUCCCAGCAUCCUCCGCGGGAGCGGUUCGGUACAGAUUGUUGGAGUCGCGCGGACAGUUCCUCCCCGAUCCGGUCCCCUCGUUUUCUCUUCCCUUCAGCCGCCUGGAGCCGCCGCCAUGCAGGAGCUCAUCGCCAGCGUGGACCACAUCAAAUUCGAGCUGGAAAUCGCCGUGGAGCAGCAGCUCGGAGCGCAGCCGCUCCCCUUCCCGGGCAUGGACAAAUCGGGGGCUGCUGUCUGUGAAUUUUUUUUAAAGUCCGCCUGUGGGAAAGGAGGAAUGUGUCCCUUCCGGCACAUCAGCGGUGAAAAGACAGUGGUUUGCAAGCACUGGCUACGGGGGCUGUGCAAGAAGGGAGACCAGUGCGAGUUCUUGCACGAAUAUGACAUGACCAAGAUGCCUGAGUGCUACUUCUACUCAAAAUUCGGGGAAUGCAGCAACAAAGAAUGCCCGUUCUUGCAUAUUGACCCCGAGUCCAAGAUCAAAGACUGCCCUUGGUACGACCGAGGCUUUUGUAAGCACGGCCCCCUCUGCCGGCACAGACACACCCGACGUGUGAUUUGUGUGAAUUAUCUGGUGGGGUUCUGUCCAGAGGGGCCUGCUUGCAAAUUCAUGCACCCUCGGUUUGAACUCCCCAUGGGAACCACAGAGCAGCCACCGCUGCCUCAGCCAACGCAACCGCAGCAGAAGCAAAAUAAUAACCCGCCACUGCAGAGGUCGUCAUCCCUGAUCCAGUUAACAAGUCAGAACUCUUCUCCAAAUCAACAAAGGACCCCGCAGGUCAUUGGAGUGAUGCAGUCUCAAAACAACAGCGUCGGCAACAGAGGUCCCCGGCCGCUGGAGCAGGUCACUUGUUACAAAUGUGGUGAAAAAGGACACUAUGCCAAUCGAUGCACGAAGGGACAUUUGGCUUUUCUCAGUGGACAAUGAGCCAUUCAGGAGACAACUACACAACACAGUUUUAAAAAAUGGGAGCCAAGCAAUGCCCCACCACAAGUUCGGGCUGUUGAUCUAUUUUUUUUAAAUCGCCUGCACCAGAAGGGCUGCCCUGCUAUGGACUCCUGACGUGCAACACCUUUGUACUUUCAUCAUUUUUUUUUAACCUUUUCCAAUUAGAACUUGAGUGGAUACUGAGAUCCAGCCCAGUUUUGGGGUGGAAUACACAAACCUCAAACUGCCUUUGGAAUUGAGACUUUUCUUUUUGUGCUCAAAGUCUUCAGUUGUUCAAGCAGUCCCUGGACACAGAGGAAAAUGAGAAGCGCUAAUAUAACGAAGGGCCGGCUUGUGUUCCGCACCAGCAGGAAUGAAAGCACCACAUGCGUCUGUAUUCUCUGCGAGGCACUUGGAUGAGCACCUGGGGGGCGGUGAAGGUGUGGAUUGCUUUUUGCAGCAUUUUCGUUUUGUACCCAUUCGAGGAGCUGACCACAGCGCAGGAAUAGCUGGCGUGCCUGCAUUUUGUGUUCUCAGUCGGAGCCAUGAAUGUAUUGCAGCUCGCCUCACAGAAUGAAUUGGUGAAAAACAGCCUCAGGAUGAAAAGGGAAGACAUUCGAAAGUCCCGGCUGUGAGUGGACAGGUGCCAGAGACGUGGUUGUCUAAAAAAACUAAUUAGUAUUGCUUUGACCCCCUGGCUUCGGUGGGCCUUGAUUACGUGUCUGUUAGCCUAAUACUCCCCACCCCCGUCCAUCACUGCCAACAGACUCGAUCAGGUAGACAGCCACAAAGCUGAGUCAGAAAGCUCUGCCUGUAAUACAGACCUUAGCUCUCAGCAGCUAACUACCUUGAAAGCGUUUGUUUUUGCUUUCUUAAAUGUUCCAUUUGAAAAAAAAAAAACCUUGGGAGUAUUUUGAUUUCUUUUUUUUAAGAAACUACUUUUGGAGGGGGAGAAAUGUGCCUAAGAAGAAUACAACUGGAGUCUUAUAUUGUAUGAUGACACACAGGUUUCAUAGUUGAUUAAAGUUUUUCCCCUCCGCUAAA